GGAUGAAGAUCUUUAAAACAUAACAGUCCUAGCCUAGUCUCAGCAGGAAGACGUGACAGCUUGUCCCAUAUCGGUUUGUGCUGUAAUCGAGCGCAUAACGAAUGAAUGAUUAAUGUGCGUCAAGAGUGUGGGUGAUGAUUCACAGACAGAGGUUUGGUUGUGUUUGUUCAUGCAGCAGAUCUUAGUAAGCUCGAGUUGAUCUGAGGGAUGAAGCGUGUGGAGGUGGUGGUGGUUGGAGCAGGUGUGGUGGGUUUAUCCACUGCUGUGUGUGUCGCUGAGACGCUUCCACAUUGUUCUGUGACUGUUAUUGCUGAGAAGUUUUCACCGGACACCACCGGUGAUGGAGCGGCUGGAAUCCUCUUGCCCAAAGAGUUUCCUGACAUCCCUCUUGAGCGGCAACGGCGUUGGUUCAAGGAGUCGUUCGAUCAUCUUCUGGUCGUUGCAGAUUCCCCUCAAGCCUCAGAUGCUGGCGUGUACUUGAGCUCCGGGUACCACAUUUUUAAGGAGAUACCCUGCGACAAAAAGCCCUUCUGGUCAGAUUUUGUGUUUGGAUUCAGAUACAUGACGGAUCGUGAAAUGAAGCGUUUCCCUAAUCAUAAGUUUGGUCAAGCGUUUACCACAUUAAAGUGUGAAUGUCUGAGCUACCUGCCAUGGCUAGAGAAAAGAUUAAAAGCAGUUGGAGGUCAGAUCAUACAUGAAAAAGUGACUGAUCUUCAUAAACUGGCCCUGAAUUAUGAUGCCAUCAUGAACUGCUCAGGCCUCGGUUCUCGUUUUUUGGUGAAGGAUGAGGAGGUCUAUCCAGUACGAGGACAGAUUUUGAAGGUAAACGCUCCGUGGCUGAAGAACUUCAUCCGAGAUGGAGAUGGCAAUACCUACAUCUACCCAGGCAUCAGCUACGUCAGCAUCGGAGGCACGCGGCAGGCGGAUGACUGGCGGCUGGAGGUGGAUAAGGAGGACAGCGAGGGGAUCCUGGAGCGCUGCUGUCGGCUGGAACCGUCUCUGCGAGCGGCUCAGGUGAUGGGUGAGUGGGUGGGGCUGCGGCCGGGCCGGGCGAACCCGCGGGUGGAGCACCAGUAUCUGCAUGUAGAGGGCCGUCAGGUGCCUCUGGUGCACAACUACGGUCAUGGCAGCUGUGGUGUUACUCUGAGCUGGGGAACUGCGCUGGACGCGCUCGAUCUGCUGAGACAGAGUCUGUUUGAAAAACCACCUCAAGCCAGACUGUGAAUCUAUCAUGUGCUGUAGUCUUAUGCUGCUUUACACUUUUAUGCAGAUAGUUUUGCAUGUACUACUGAUGAGAAAUGGCACUCUAAUCUUAAUAAGAUAAAUAUGACAUCAGUUUGCACCUAAAAUGUUGAAUAAUUUCUGUAUUAUUCAUUUUGUUUGAUUUCUACAUGCCACUAAUUUGUAGGUGGUUUUCAAUAUGGAGGUAGAAUUUGUUUACAGAAUCUCAAUGAGAAAAUUUAAAGAUAAAAUAUGUAAUCAUAUG